GAGCGGCCGUGCCGGCCUGAGGCCUUCCAGGCUUCCACCCCUAGAGCGGCCGGACGUGGUCCUUGACUCUCCCAUGUCCUCCCUCCCUCUCCUCAAAUCACGGAAACCCGCGCCAUACUCGACAAUCGUCGUCAUGACCGCAACCCCCAUCUGGCGACCUUCUGGGAAACCGACGCUCAAACCCUAAACCCCCUUCCCCCUCGCUCCCAACCCUCUCUCAUGCUCUCAUCUCCAUGGAUUCCAUCAUCUGCUCGGCUUUGGAGGAGAUUUGCGCCUGCGCCGCGGCCGGCAUCCACCUCCCUGAGUUGUGGCCAAGUUUGCGGGACUCCCUCUCCGCCGCCGGCCUCCAUCCUUGCGAGCCCGUGAAGAAGGCCAUCUGGGCUCGCCUCCUCGCCCACCCUGGGCUUCGCUUUGAAGCCGAUGGCUCUUUUAUUGGCUCCCAGCACCCUACCAUCCAGUCCUUCGAGGAAGCCGAGAAGCUGAGAAUAAAGAUAGUUGCGGAGGAGCACCUCAGGGAUAACUUCUUGGGGAUCUAUGAUCUCAAAGCUGCAAAUCAUGAAAUUUCUCAGAUUCAGAGGACCACACUCGAACGGCUUGCGGCUGCCAGGACUAAUGGUGUUACUCAGACUGAACUUGCUAAAGAAUUUGGGAUUAAAGGGAAUAAUUUCUUUUAUGUUGUGAGAAACCUGGAAUAUCAGCAGCUGAUUAUUCGGCAAUCAACCAUGUUGAGGGCAAAAGAAUUAGCAGAUGAGGGAGAAAGUGGGCCAAAAAACACGCAACAUGUGACUACCAAUCUACUACACUUAUAUCGUUAUGCAAGAAAUUUGAAUUCAAAUUCUCAACAAAAAAUUGUGAUUACAAAGCCAGGUAUUUUAGGAAGUCUCGAUAAUGCAGAUGGAAGUACUUUGAAAGCAGAUGGAACUCCUGGGGACAGUGUGAAUGAUGACGUAUCCAUAAAAGACUAUCUACCAGAAAUGAAAGCUAUUUGUGAUAAACUGGAAGAAGCAAGUGGGAAGGUUCUUGUUGCAUCAGAUAUCAAAUUGGCUCUUGGUUAUAGGAAAAGUCCUGGGCAUAGGGCAUGGAGAAGUAUAUUGAACAGAUUGAAAGAUGCUCACCUUGUUGAAGAAUUUCAAGCAAAAGUUAACAACAGGGUACGUUCUACAAAUUGUAAUGAUAGGUUAUGCUUGUUUACUCUUAGUUAGCUCCCCUGGUUGCUA